AUGAGCCGCCAAUUCACCUGCAAGUCGGGAGCUGCCACCAAGGGAGGCUUCAGUGGCUGCUCAGCAGUGCUCUCAGGGGGCAGCUCAUCCUCCUACCGGGCAGGGGGCAAAGGGCUCAGCGGGGGCUUUGGAAGCCGGAGCCUCUACAGCCUGGGGGGCAUCCGGAAUAUCUCCUUCAACAUGGCCAGCGGCAGCGGGAAGAGCGGAGGCUAUGGGUUUGGUCGAGGCCGGGCCAGUGGCUUUGCUGGCAGCAUGUUUGGCAGUGUGGCCCUGGGGCCCGUGUGUCCAUCUGUGUGUCCUCCAGGGGGCAUCCAUCAGGUCACUGUCAACGAAAGCCUCCUGGCCCCCCUCAACGUGGAGCUGGACCCGGAGAUCCAGAAAGUGCGAGCCCAGGAGCGGGAGCAGAUCAAGGCUCUGAACAACAAGUUCGCCUCUUUCAUUGACAAGGUACGGUUCCUGGAGCAGCAGAACCAGGUGCUGGAGACCAAGUGGGAACUGCUGCAGCAGCUGGACCUGAACAACUGCAAGAACAACCUGGAGCCCAUCCUCGAGGGCUACAUCAGCAACCUGCGGAAGCAGCUGGAGACACUGUCCGGGGACAGGGUGCGGCUGGACUCGGAGCUGAGGAGUGUACGGGACGUGGUGGAGGACUACAAAAAGAGGUAUGAGGAAGAAAUCAACAGGCGAACAGCUGCAGAGAAUGAGUUUGUGUUGCUCAAGAAGGAUGUGGAUGCUGCUUAUGCCAAUAAGGUUGAGCUUCAGGCCAAAGUGGACUCCAUGGACCAGGAGAUCAAGUUCUUCAAGUGUCUCUAUGAAGCGGAGAUCGCUCAGAUCCAGUCCCACAUCAGCGAUAUGUCCGUCAUCCUGUCCAUGGACAACAACCGGGACCUGAACUUGGACAGUAUCAUUGAUGAGGUCCGUGCCCAGUAUGAGGAGAUCGCCCUGAAAAGCAAGGCCGAGGCCGAGGCGCUGUACCAGACCAAGUUCCAGGAGCUGCAGCUGGCAGCUGGCCGGCAUGGGGAUGACCUCAAGAACACCAAGAAUGAGAUCUCAGAGCUCACCCGGCUCAUCCAGAGAAUCCGCUCAGAGAUUGAGAAUGUGAAGAAGCAGGCUUCCAACCUGGAGACGGCCAUCGCCGAUGCCGAGCAGAGGGGUGACAAUGCCCUGAAGGACGCCCGGGCCAAGCUGGACGAGCUGGAGUCCGCCCUGCACCAGGCCAAGGAGGAGCUGGCCCGGAUGCUGCGCGAGUACCAGGAGCUCAUGAGCCUGAAGCUGGCCCUGGACAUGGAGAUCGCCACCUAUCGCAAGCUGCUGGAGAGCGAGGAGUGCAGGAUGUCAGGAGAAUUUCCCUCCCCAGUCAGCAUCUCUAUCAUCAGCAGCACCAGCGGCAGCGGCGGCUAUGGCUUCCGGCCCAGCUCCGUGAGCGGCGGCUACGUGGCCAGUAGCAGCAGCUGCAUCUCUGGCGUGUGCAGCGUCCGCGGCGGGGACGUCCGGGGCAGGGGCAGCAGCAGUGACUACAAAGAUACCCUGGGGAAGGGCUCCAGCCAGAGCACCUCCUCCAAGAAAGCCAGCAGGUAG